AUGCCCGAAGACUCUCUCGGAGCACACCAGGCAGCAGAAGAGAUGGGAACAAGCGUCGGUGAAGUAAUCAUUCCAUUCAGAACGGUGCUCGGUCUUGAACUGAUCGGAUGCUGGCGCAGAUUGCGAUGUCACUUUACCGGGUUCUUCUUGUUCGGGUUCGGGAUGCAGCGGUGGAAGUCUGUGCAGCGUUUGUUUAGAGUCAGUCGCUGAGACGUUCUCGCAAUUCUUCUGGACUUCCUCGUUCAGUCAGGCUCGAAGCACGUCAACAGGUUUUGAUGCGUAUGCUCUGUGGUCGGGGAGGCAAUGUCGACGUGGCGGAGUCACGGGGGUCGCGGGAGUCCAAACAGAAAGGAUCAAACGGUGUAAUUCGCAGGCGAAGAAAGACUACUAA